AUGGAUAAUUUGUCAUCAUAUUCAAGCAAUGAAGAAAGUUGUAGAAAUUUUCUUAGUGAUGCUGAGUCUACAAAUAAAGAAAAAAUAAAACAGACGUUUUAUAAUAAUCUCAAAUUUUCAACAAGUGACAUUGAAAGUUUCAACAAAACAUUUUCUGGAAAAAAAAGUUUUCAAAUGGUUGGAAAUGGUUUUUCAAAAAAUGUUAACCCUGGAAAUAUGUCUUUACCUUUUCCAAAAACAACCGAUUCAUACACUUUUGACAGGAAUGUAUUUCAUCAAAAUGGAGGAGCAUCAAACGAAAUUCUUGGAGAACCUUCAAUUUUAAGAGGUAAAAAUCAUUUACCAAAUUUUUUCCAAAAUAAAAGUAUUUUUACAUGCCAUAAAAUUGACAAUACAAAGUUUAAUAGUAUUAAUUGUUUAAACAAGGAUUAUGGUGAACAAUGUCAUGGUAAUAUAAGUUAUAAUUUUAAUGAGUGUAAUAAAAAUGACUUAAAUGAAGGGUACAAAAAUCAUUUGGCAAAUAAAAAAUAUAAUAUUAAUUGUGGAAGACUUCCAACAAUUGAAGAAAUAAAAUUGGCACUACAAAAUCCAAGCAACGGUAUUAAUUUUAGUUUUUAUGAGUUAUCUUCAAAAUUUGAGGAGUGUAAUGAAGUAAAUGUACAGAAUAUGGUUUCUGAGUGUUUCAAACAUAAAAUAUGUCAAGAAAUAAUUCAAAUUUUAAAAUGUUUUUUGGAUGGUCAAUGUGAAAUUUAUGAUCAAACUAUGGAAUAUCUUGUUUUAGAUACGUUUGGAAUUGAUUCAACUGAGUUUAAGACUUAUGCAAAAACUACUUUUUCUAAUAUUUUAGAAUGGGGUAUUAAAAAUAAAUAUUUUUUAAGAUUAGAGAAUAUGAAAAUUUUGUUAAAAAAUGAAGAAGAAAUUUUUGAAAAUGAGUCACUUAAAAAAAAAAAUUUAAAUAAUUUUAUUGAUGAAAAUACUUCUGAAAUUUAUGAAACUGUAAGUGAUACUUUUAGAUCAUCCAAUAUGUACUUAAUUGAUGAAGAAUUCAAAGGGAUGACAAUUAUUUUAUAUGUAUUAUGUUUCUGUCCUCCUAUUACUAAUAUUUCAUUUGAUGAAUUAGGAAGAAAUAUUUAUCAAUUUUGUAAUGAAUCAUUUGAUGAAACUUUUUGUAAAAAGUAUUUUAAUAAUAGUUGUAUUGAAGAUGUUUUUGAAAAAAAUUUUAAAGAUAUUUUUCAAGUAAAAAGAAAUGAUGGAAAAAAUUAUUUUGUAAUUAAUAAGAAUGGAGAUGAGUUGUUCAAAAUGUUUAUCAACAACGCUAAAAGAUAUGCUAAUUUAGUUGGUAAAACGGCUAAUAUUAGCACUGCAACAAGUGUUUAUAAUGAACAAAAAUUUUUUAUAAAUGCUUCUGGAAUUUGGAUACCAAGUAAUUUUAAAUUUGAAAAUUUGUUCUUUUAA